GACGACGACACGCUCGGUCAGGGAAAACCGAGUGUGGCGAGGGCCGAGUGGAAGAGGAUAGAGCCCUCAUGGUGGGGGUAGAUCACAGGGAGAGGAUGGUGGAAGCGAAAUCUGGCCUCAGUCGUGCGCGACGCGCCAUAUGCGGUGGACCAUUUGUCAACCCGCUCACAAAGGCCAAUAAUCUCCCGUGACACGUGUGAUUCCAUCCCUCCCUCUCCCCCCUCCGAUAAAAAGUGUCACGUGCUGGCCUCGGCCACCCCUCCCUCCGCCAAGCUCGCCCACCAUACCCCUCUAUACCCCGCCGAAACUUCACGGAAAAACUUUUUCCCUCGGAGAAAGAGAGCCGCUCAGCGCAAUUUCGUUUCGAGUGGCGGACAGUGGAGAACAGUGUGUGUGUGUGUAUGCGCGCCCGUUUGCUUGCUUGCUUGCCUACUUUUUUCUUCCUUCCUUCCUUCCUUCCUUCCUUUCUCUUUCUUUCUCUCUCCAAACUAAUCUUUUUUUCCCUGUCGAAACGAGAGAAACGAGUGGUAAAGGAGAAAUAGAAACCACGCUGUGGACUACGUAAGACGAGACGCUCUUCUCUUCCCGAAAAGAGAAAAGUUUGUGGAUGCUGUAAUAUAUCGAUGUAAAAGAUUAACAAGACGUAUCGAUAAGAAAGUAGAAGAUUUACACAUCCGUUAUAAUUGGACCUUGUUUCGCGAUGAAAUCGGUGCGACAGGCUGGUGUUUGAUGCAAAUCAUCGCUUUUACCGAAGCGCGAUGGACAAUCAACGAGGAUCUCGUUAAGGCGAUCGCAUCGGGGAAAUUGAUGGUGACGGACGAUCAGGCGAGGUGUUAUCAGCCAGGUGUGAUAAGCACCCUUGCCGACCUUGCGAGACCGCGGCCACGAGCUUCUUUUCCUCCUCUCUCGCCUCCACCUUCCCCCUUUCUCCUUUCUCCUUUCUCCCUUCUUCUUCUUCUUCUUCUUCUUCUUCCCUCCGCCGCGACUCGAAGAGGGUGUCCCCUCCCCUCCCCUCCUCUCGAGCAUCCACGGUAGCUGGUCCACGCUGUGGUGAGAACGGGGGGAUGAUGGUGAUGAUGAUGGAGGAUGAGCGCGACCGGUGAAGAAGGGGCGAGAGAAGAGUGAAGGCAGCCACCGAGGAAGCUAUCCGGAACAACGAAGAUGAGAUGGGAUGCCGCUCUAUAUCUACUCUCGCUGCUGCUCUUCUCCUUGGCCAAUCUAUGUUGGGCUCUCGUCGAAACGCGAGGAUGCAAUCGCACUAUCAGAAAUUCCGUUGGAUGGAUACGUUGGACAGGACGAAUGGGACGAUGCAUUGUUCGCAUCAGAGCGCCUCCUAGAGAUCCUCAGGUGAUCGAGUUGAAAGUUAGGAAGCUGCAAGUUGGUUUCCUGAAAGAAACCAGAUGCGAGGGUGCUUACAUUCAAUUUUCCGAUGGUAGCGAGGACCUUGAAGAUGAAACAGGACGUUACUGCGGCUACGUGAGUGGCAACACGACCAGACUGUUCCUGAGGAAGGGGCCCAACUUGACGAUCAUAAUGGACUCGGACGUGAAGUUCGCAGCAGAGAAUCCCGUGAUAUUCUCCGCCCAGUUCUCCAUACUUCCCGCCCAGCUCGCUUCGGAGCGUCACCGCGGCUUCUCCCCGUCCCCCUCGUCCGAGUGCCCCCUCGAGUGCGCCGUGAGGAACGAUCGACGAUCCUGCAAGCUUUCCUCGCCCGGCUACCCGGGCGUGUACCCGCGCGGGAUCAAGUGCAGGAUAGGAUUGGAAUCGGGCGCUGGUCGAUUCAAGAUCGGCGGCCAACCGGACGACACGUACGAUCUGAUGAACCGUACGUCGCAGCAGGGCUGCCAGACGGAGAAUUGCGAGGAUCACGUGGAGGUGGUCGCGGAAUUGCGGAGGGCGAGGGUCGGUGGUGGCGGCGGUGGCAGUGGACGUUCGACGGACGGGGAUAACAGGCGCGGGCGGAGGAGCCCGGAGGAUCGGGAGGAGGAGGUGGAAUUUAUCAUCGGGCAGACGUCGUACAGGGGGGAGAGGAGGGGGGGUGCGAGAAAUAAUCGAAGGAGGCUUAAGAAAGCGAGGAAGGAUGGGGGGGGGAGCGAGGAUAUCCGGAGAAGAAAUACGGGGCGGGCGAAGGGGGUCGGAGGUGCGGAGGGGGGAGAGGCUCCUUAUCGGGGGGGCCAGGCGAUAAGGAGGUGGCGGGGGGAGGGUGUCCAGAAGAAGCGACUUCGUCACCCGCAGCGCGUGGUUCGCAAGAAGUCCAUGGACUCGGUAAGGAGGAAUACAUCCCCCGAUCCGGGGGAUGUAUCGGACGCGAGGAUACCGAGCGAUGGGAUGGGGGGGCACGCGGAGGUCGCGAGGAAAGGGUCGGGCAAGGAGAAGAUGACCGCGUUGCAGGUUCCCGAGUACCGAUACGGAAAGAAGGGGCGAGGAUCGGAGAAGUUGGGGAGCACCAGUUGCGUGGGCGAUUAUCUGACAUUGUUGGAAAACGUGGACGGGAAGAUGUUCGAGAUCUCCAAGUUUUGCGGGGAGGGCCAGGUGCCACGGAUCCUUUCGAGGGGGAGGAACAUCGUGGUCGAGUUCUUCGCGGAGCAGGACGGGACCGUGAUGCACGACGGUUUCCAAUUGUCGUUCCAGGAAACGGAGGAGGCGCACGCGUUGGGAAACGAUCAGAAUUGCGAGUUCGUGUACAGGAGCAGCGAGAGGACGAGGGAGAGCAUCAAGUCGUUGCAGAGCUGGUAUCCGCCCAAUACUUUGUGCAGUUACAAAUUCAUGGGCAGAUCGUCGGAGAGGAUCUACGUUCAUAUGAAGAUAAUCAGAAACGAGCCGGAUCAGGAGUACGCGCCACAGAAACGGAACUUCAGCCUGAAUUAUUGCUCCGGGAACGAGAUCGCGGUUUACAAUGGGAUCGAGGUGAACAACAGCAUCUUGAUGUGGUCUUACUGCGACGUAUCCCACCAGGACAUCAAUAACAUACAAGUCCCACUUACCUCGAGCGGCAACGAGUUGUUAAUACAAUAUUACAGCGCGAAGGGAUCUUACGACGGCCAAGAGUUCACUUACACGAUAUCGUACAGGUUCAUAAAGAAGGCGCAAAAUUCUACCAGCAGACGUCAAAUACAGGACGAUUUCAAGUUGAUCUCUCUGAGGCCGGUAAACUUUUCAGCGUUGAAUUUGAACGAGAGCGAGAAUUGUAAUUGCGAUUUCGGCGACAGGAUCGGCAGUUUUAAAAACUGGUUUAUGGUGCUCGUUGUAUUGGGGAUAGUCUCGUUUCUUGGCGCCGUGCUCACGAUAAUAGCCCUCCUUGCCAAAUGCAUCAAAAUGAGAUCGAUGGAGAAGAAACUAUUACAGACCCCGAAACUGUGAAGAAAAUUUUGUACGAUUUUCUAACGUAAUAUAUCUCUAACGAAUAAAAAACGACUUUUUAUUUUUUUUCUUUUUACAAAUGAUUAGAUAUUUGUUUGUUUAAUCAGGGGAUUCGGAUUCAUCUUUUGUUUCAACACGCCAUUUUGGAAAGUUUUGGAAAGAGUUAUGGUUUAGGAUUUCUUUAAUUGAAAGUUAAAGGAUUUCUUUAAUUGUUUCUCUAACGACUUUAUUUCACUUUUAUUUAAGCGAUAAUUCUGUGUCUAGGGCAUUUCUAACGAAGUUAGAUACUUUUGUAAUAUGAAGUAAUUAUUUUAUAAUUAUUUUAUGAAGUAAAAAUAUUCUUUUCUUGUUAAAAUUAAAUUUAUUUUCAUAUGUAUU